CCUCAAGCAACGCACAGUUCUGAAGGCAUUGUCUACUCUUACCACCUAGCCGAGUUCUUCAAAAUAUUCAACUCGCUCCCAAGCUAUCCGGAAAAAAUGAUCGCAAUCAAGCUCAUAACCUUCUCCCUUCUUCUGGGUUCUGCCCUGGCAGCGCAGUCGACCACCACUUCGCCCGGUUUCACACCAGCAAGCGACACCCUCCUCGGCCUUUUCUUCGAUGGUAACACCUUCGUCGCCUCGGGCUCACACAAGGAACUUUCUCAAGUCUCAAUUCCACCGAAACUCGCUUUGGAGAAGAGGACGCACGCCACUAACUACCUGUCCCUUAUGGUGGAUCCCGACGUCUUCUACCUUAAUGUUACAUACACCUUCCUGCACUGGCUUUCGCAAGAUUUGGCUAUCGGCGACCAUUCCAGCUUUCCUCGGUUUCCUUUUAUUCUCACAAACACGUCUGCCAAUCUCGCCGAGUACAUCAGCCCGGGUCCACAAGCCGGUGACACGCACCGAUACGUCUAUCUACUUUUCAACCAGCCCAAGGGAUUUAACAUCACGGAUGCGCCCUAUGACACGGACGUCUACACCCGACUGUCUUUUAACCUGCCGAGUUUCAUUCAGGAAAAUGGACUGGGAGAUCCGGUUGCUGGCAACUAUUUCCUGGCUACCAACACUUCCAGCAAAUAGCCCUCAAUAACUGGAAGUGCGAUUUCUGGCGCUGCUAGCCAACGCCUUGGAAAUUUCAGCAGCCCAAACCAGUGUUGCUUCUUGUCGCGAAGGAUAGGAGGGGUAGUUUUGUAUGCUUUUUCCCCUUUCUGAGAUGUUGUGAUAGGCCGGCGCUUUACUUGCAAAAUAUUUGGAUGCUACUUAAGUGUUUUUGGGGUUAUUUAGAAUAUACUAGGGGUUUUUAUACCCUAUAACCCUUGUCGAUGGUAACAUGCUUUGGU